AUGUCCAUCUACCCGCCGACUCGUCAGCCUACAAAUGCUCUGAAUGGUAUCAGCGACAUGAGUGAUGGUUCAGGCACCAUCAAUCCUGCGGCUUUGAACGCUAGUGGAGGAUUAAUACAGUCGUCAACCGAAUCUGCCCCGCGAGGCAUCAAAAGAAGCCGAUCCCCUGAGCAAUAUGGUGAUUAUCAGCACGUUGUUGAAGAAGAAGGUCAGUUGGGACAUUUGGAGCCGGUUGACCUGCAUGCUGACGCGCACACGUUAGGGCCUCGCAAACGUGGUCGGCCGUCGAAGACGCCGCGAACAUCCGGCGACUACAGCUCUCACAUUGAUGCACUGCCAACGCCUUCCAGCCAAACUUCUCCCGAUCUGACACAAACGCCAAAGACACAAUCCGGCGGCCAACAUCUUUCGGCCACGCCGGUUCAGUCCUCACCGCCGCGCACGAUACCGAAGUCAACGAUCAAAGCACUACCAACGGUCAGAGAUCAUACGAGCGAUGUGCUGCAACCAGAAGGAGAUGAAUACGUACCGCGUGAGUAUGACGAAGCAGGAGAGAAAAAGGUGGAUGCUCUCGGAUACCUCCAGGGCGGUCGAGAAUAUAAAAUCCGAACAUUUACUCUUCCAGGAAGGGGUCAGAAGUUGUUCAUGUUGGCCACUGAAUGCGCGCGACAACUACAGUAUCGUGAUUCUUACCUGCUGUUCAACAAGAACCGGUCCUUAUUCAAGAUCAUUGCUAGUGCCAAAGAGAAAGAGGAACUUGUUGGCCAGGAAAUUUUGCCUUACUCGUACCGAUCACGGCAAAUAGCGGUUGUCACGGCUCGGUCGAUGUUUCGGCAAUUUGGCAGUCGUGUCAUCAAGGAUGGUAGGAGAGUUCGGGAUGAUUACUGGGAAGCAAAGGCCAUCAAACAAGGAUUCACCGAGCAGGACGCCGCAGGUGAAAAGAGGCCUGGAGCCGCAAAGGCCCGGGAGGCCGCGGCUCAAGAACAACUCAACGCGAGGACCAGUGUGGUUGCUAGUUAUGGCGACAUCGUCUACAGCAACGGGCCAGCGUAUGGAGCUGUUCAACCGCCUGCCUUGCAUUCGGGGAUCGCUUCCACCAUGGCUCAGCUGUCAUCAUUUGAUGCGGCGUAUGACUCCAGGUACAAGGAUAUCCCACGGCCCAGGCAGGACAUUACAGGUCCGCCUUACCAAGAUAUCACACGUUCGAGCAGUGAUGUCGACCUUGCCAGUCAAGCCGGUCACGCCGCUGAUUUCAACAAGAGCAUCAACCAGCAAAAUCGCUACCGGCGCAGUCUUGUUGAAGAGUACUGGCGCAGACCACAUGAGCCGCCUGCAACGACACCGCCUCCACCAGAACCUGAAGUCCCCACGACUAGCCACUCCUUCUCAUCACCACGCUUCCAUACCAGCGACCUGCCGUCGACCCAAGCAGGAGCCCUGCCGCACCAAACUCAACCAUCUCAGUCAUCGAUGAAUCCUCCCUCAUUCCCUCACCAGCAGCCACCACCUAUUCAGUCACCUGUUCGGCAGCCGAGUCUACAGCAACCAUUUGCGCGUGACGCUUCUCAAUUUGCACCACAGCACCCUCAGUUCCAAAGAUCGCCGUCGAAUCUGUCCAUGUCACAAUCUGCGGCCCCACAGCAUCAACUGCCUUACGGCGGUGGCGCCUUCUCCCCGCAUGGGAUGAACCAGCAGCAGCAACCUCCACCACAGACUUGGGGGGCUCCACCGCCGCAGCCUCACCAAUCCCCGGCCUUGCAUCGCAUGAGCACACCUCAGUUCUCUCCCGAUCUUUCGCAGGGUCAGAUGCCUUCUCCGUUGCCCGGUGCUGCGCAUGCUAGCCCCUCGCCUCAUCCACCGCAAAUGCAACCGCCGCCGAUGUCGAUGCUUCCUCACCAAGGGAGCUCAGGUCCCAUGGGAGGCCAGCAGCUUUAUGGGCCUGGGGCAGGACUCCAGGCGAUGAAUGCUGCAGGUUACGGCUCCAUGGGCAUGGGUCAACGCCCAAUGUAUGGAAUGGGAGCCCAGAACCAGUUCAUGCCGCCGAACCCUCCACACGGACAGGGCUGGCCCGGUCCACAGAACCCAUCUCCCGGAGCGGGACAAUGGAACCAAGGGUUUCAAUGA